AUGGAUGAUUGCAAGGCAGUCGCAAGUCCAGUCGACAUGAGCUCUCGACUUGUUUCAAGUGAUGCAACUACCAAGGUCGAUGCUCCUUUUCGCGAAGCUGUUGGUGCGUUGAUGCACCUGACCACUGCAACGCGUCCGGACAUUGCGUUUGCUGUGGGCUAUGUGUCGCGGUUCAUGGAAAAUCCCCAAGAAGAACACUGGGUUGCAGUUAAGCGUAUCUUUCGCUACCUACAAGGCACCAAGACGCAUGGAAUUUGCUACAAGCCAAGUGCAAGGAUCGACUUCCGUGGAUAUUCGGAUGCGGAUUGGGCUGGUGAUCUUACCGACCGCAAGUCAACAUCGGGGGUACACGUUCAUGCUACUCGGUGCGCCAGUCAGUUGGGGCAGCAAGAAGCAGCCAAGUGUUUCGUUGUCCACGAGUGA